AUGGCCCAGCCAAGGGCGCAAGGCGAGGAGCUGGAUGGUGACAUCACGUUCAUCAGCACACCCGCCGCUGUACCCUCGAAAUUCACCGCCAAGGUCGAUUGCGGCGUAGAUACAACCAAUUUCCGCGCCAUACACAACCCUCCGCUGCCUGCCGAAGGUCCCGGCAAUGAGUCGUUUUCCAACUACCUUCUUGGGGGCUUGUUACUGGGAAUCCCGAUCUUCAUAGCGCGAUCUAUCGGCGGCGGCUUCAAGACGACAAUCUUCUUCGUUAUACUUCUUUCCGUUCCGAUCCUGGCCGCCUUCUGGAGCGUCACGUCCGCGUAA